CCAUCCGGCCCGGCCCGGUCCGGUCCGGUCCUGCCCAUCCCAUCCCAUCCGGACUGCAGCUCAACGCCACGCGUGACACAUCACACGGCUCACAGCAGCGACACAUCAGGACGCAAAGCAGCCAGUUUCCCCCAAACCCAACGAGCCGCUUCACAGCAGGGAUCCGUGCGCACAACAUGGGCAACGUGCAGCCCACCGUUGUCCCAUUUGAGGACUUUGACGUUACGGCUGACAUCAAAGACAUUAGAAAAGCAUGUAAAGGUUUAGGCACAGAUGAGGAAGCAAUCAUCCAGAUCCUGGCCAACCGCUCUGCAGCUCAGCGUCUGGCGAUCAAACAGGCCUACUUUGAAAAGUAUGAUGACGAGCUGGAGGAGGUGCUGAAGAAGGAGCUCACCGGUAGCUUUGAAAAUGCCAUCGUGGCCAUGUUGGAUGCGCCGCAGGUGUUCUUCGCCAAGGAGCUCAGGAAGGCGAUGAAGGGGGCGGGAACAGACGAGGCUGUCCUGGUGGAGAUCCUGUGCACGGCUACGAACCAGGACAUCAUGAGCUACAAGGAGGCGUACGUCCAGGUGAACGAGCGUGACCUGGAGGUGGACAUAGAGGGCGAUACCAGCGGAGACGUCAGGAACCUGCUGAUCUCACUGCUGCAGGCGAGCAGAGACGAGGGCUACGAGGUGGACGAGGAUUUGGCCGAACAGGACGCCGUGUCUCUGUUUGAGGCAGGUGAGGGCAGGUUUGGUACGGACGAGUCGACCUUCACCUACAUCCUGACACACAGGAACUACAUGCAGCUUCAGGCCACCUUUAAGGCCUACGAGUCCCUGUCGGGGACAGACAUCUUGGACACGAUUGACGCCGAGGUGACGGGAACCCUCAAGGAUUGCUACGUUACUCUUGUGAGGUGUGCUAAGAACCCACAGCUGUAUUUUGCUCGCCGUCUUAAUGCUGCAAUGAAGGGACUUGGCACCGAUGAAGACACGCUCAUACGCAUCAUCGUAGGACGCUCCGAGAUCGACCUGGAAACGGUGAAAGACAUGUACCUGGAGAAGUACGACGUCACCCUGAAAGACGCCCUGGACUCGGAGUGUGGGGGAGACUUUAAGCGUCUGCUCAUUGAGAUCUUGCACUGAAUCACACACUUACAUUCACGUCCGCUCCUCACCCGGCCUUAUUCCGCUGUGACAAAACGGGAUGCCUCUACACGCUCUGUUUUCUAUCUCUCUUCACUCUCUACUCUAGGCUUUCUCCAUCUCGGAGAGUUCACUUUACAGCAUGGACCAAAAAACAAAAAACCCAACUCGACGAAAUCCAGUGCAGUGUUUCGACAUGUCGUAAUUUUUUACAAGUUUUGUUAACACCUUUGAGACUUUUCAGAAAAUCGUCUUAACUUGUUGUCCAGUUACUCAACGACAGAAUUGCGGAACUAACGGCAUCACGUUCAUGCAUCUUAAAACUUGCAGCGAAGUCAUCGUCGUCUGUUGUUUUCCCACUUUCAGCUGCGAUCGUUAAGCGUCUAACAGAAUAACACACAUUCGUCUCUCAUCAAUUCUUCAUGUCACCAUUUGCCUGAAGGACGACCUUCACAAGAUUGGAAGCGAUGCAAGCUACUUUCCGCUGCAACACAGAAGUGCCCGAUUAUCAUAUCGAGUCUUUAAGAUCCGAAGACAUUUGAGCUUUUUCUUAGAACUUAAAAUAUUGGGACGUCUUCAUGGAAGGCCCGGUUGUUUAAGGGAUUCGCCGCAGGCAGUUUGGUCGCAUAUUUCAAAAGACUAGCGAGACGUGCAAGUGCUCCAAGUCGUUUUUAAAAGUUCACAUGUUGCCUAGUUCUUAGAUUUCUAGACACUCUUAAACUAUUUUUUGCAUUGAGUAUUUAAAAAUCACUGCUUCAAAAAUAGCCAUAGUUGAUUGAGACGACGCUGAUAACUUUUGAUGUUUUAAAGCAGUCCCUCUGAGACUGAGCUCUGUUAGUACGAACGAACUGAGGCAUAAUUGAAAUAUUACAUAUUACAAUAUAACUUACGUAACUGUAUACAUGUAACAAAAUGUAACUGAUGUCUGUUAGUGUUUGUACAAUAUUGGUAUGUAAUAGAUAUUAAUAAAUUUUAACCACCUGAA